AUGUUCCCUCACAUGUUAAUUACAUUUGUUUUCUCCCAGCAGAAUGCACCCGCGCCUGCUUCUACCAUGCAUUCCCCAACGGCAGCACCAGCAGCAGGACCAGCAGCAGCAGGAGCAGCAGGAGCAGCAGCAGGAGCCGCAGCAGGAGCAGCAGCAGGAGCAGCAGCAGGAGCAGGAGCAGGAGCAGCAAGAGCACCGGUUCCCCUUCCUGACCACUACACCUCAUCACCACGGCAGCAGCCCUCUCAACCCCCCGCCUUUCCUCCCCCUCACUCACUCUACUCUUCCCCUCCUCAACCCCAGCCAAACCCACCCCUCUAUCCCCCUCCACCGCAACCAAAUUCUGAGGCAAAUCGACCACCUGACCAGACCCAUCUGUACCCAUCCCCUUACCCCCCUCUGCCACACAGCCCACGUUCUCAGCCACCCUCUUCCCCCUCAUUCCACAACCAAUCUUCCACCCUCUCAUCCAUCCCUUCCUCUCUCUCAUCCCACCCUUCUUCCUCAUCAGAUUCCCCAUCCUCUUCAUUCCACAGCCAAUACUCUUCCUCAGACCCGGCUUUCUCCUUUGGCAACCAGGGCUCCGCCCCAAGUCACCUCUACCCACCUUCUCCUCUUGCUCCUUCUCCUCUUGGUGCUGGUAGUGCUGGUGCUGGUAGUGCUGGGCCUGGUGUUGCUUCUGGUAAUGGUCCUGCUGGUGGUGGUGGUGGUGGUAAUUAUGGCAACUACCCUGGUGGUGGUGGUGCUGCUCCUCCUCCUUCUGCUGCUGCUUCUUCUACCUACCCCGGCAGUAGAGACUACCCAAGAGUACACUCCAGUGGUCCCCCAUCUGCCCCUCCUCUGUCUCCCCCUCAGUCCCCAGUCCCUUCCCCACCGCCCUCCCCUCCUUCCACUCACCCGUACAACUACCCUCCUCAGCCCACAGCAACUCCACCCCCCUCCCCUCCUCUCACACACCCCUACAGCUGCCCCCGUCAGCCCACAGCAACACAGCCGCCUAUCCCCCUCCACCGUCUUCCUCUCAACACGCGUAUCUUCCUCCUCCCCCUUCUCAAGGCUCCUAUCCUCCCCCCCCCCCCUCCCUCUCAAUCCGCAUAUCCUCCCCCUCCCUCUCAGGGUGCUUACCCUCCCACCCCUUACGGCUACCCCCCCUCUUCUCAAAACCCCCCUUACGGAUACCCCGGUUACCCCCCACCUUCCCAAGCUCCCCCCUAUGGGUAUCCUUACGCCCCUCCUCCUCCCUCAUACGGCCAUCCUCCUCCUCCUCCUGCUUCCUACGCCCCUCCUCCUGCCCCGUAUGGCUAUAAUGCCGCCCCUUGGGGGUACUAUUCACACUAG